AUGCUCUCUCCAUUCCUAUUGCUGCUCCACCAGCAACAGCAACAGCAACAGCAAGCUCCCCAUACACACGAACAGCGGCACCACCAACUGCAACUGCAGCAGCAGCAGCAGCAGCAGCAGCAACAGCAGCAGCAGCAGCAGCAGCAGCAGCAGAGUGCUGCGAUGGCAUUCAAACGCGCUUCCGAAACCAAAUCCCUCACCCAUGCUCUCUCCAUUCCUAUUGCUGCUCCACCAGCAACAGCAACAGCAACAGCAGCAGCAGCAGCAGCAGCAGCAGCAGCAGCAACAGCAGCAGCACCAACAGCUACUGCAACACAAACACCCAACUCUACGCUGUCCUCUAAUGCGAUCCCCCAACAGCCACAGCCCCCACCCUCUGCAGCAGCAGCAGCAGCAGCACCCUCAACAGCAGCAACAGCAGCAGAGAAAAAACAAACAAAAAAAACAAAACAACAGCAAGCAACAACUCCUAUAAACACAACACAACCAACAGCAGACAGCAGCAGCACCAACAGCUACUGCAACACAAACACCCAACUCUACGCUGUCCUCUAA